AUGCGUCGCAUCGCCAACAGUAGUGGAAACUAUGACUGCGUGGCCAGGGAUAGGGGCACGGGCGUGCAUACCCGUGAAGUCUUUGCUAUUUUUUUGCCCCCCUUUCUUGCCGUAAACCAAACAAUUAGGGGCGUGGAGUAUACACUUCGUGAUUGUGUUCAUCGCUCCAGUCUUCCGACUAGCUGGGGUUUCCGUUUAUCCACCGACGAGAUCGCACACAUUGAUUGUGAGACCAGGCGUCGGUGUUUCCGGAGUCUUUGGCGUAACCACGACGCUGGGCGCAUACGUAACAUGCGGUACCGCAGUACCAAUCCGCUUUCAAUGUCACCGGAUCGCUCUUCACCUGUGGAUGAUGCUGAUAUCGCAGCGGGACAGAAACGUAAUGUAAACGGAUCCCUCCCGCGGAAGGGUCUGCUUCCAGCGCUUACUUCCACGCCUCCACGAAGUUUGCAGUCAAACCUAUCGCUGGCUUCGUUGAACACCAAUCGGGGACACCCGAGUGACUUAGAGUUCUAUGAAGAUCUGGUUUCAGAGCCAGUGCUGGUGCUUGGCAUGGAUAUUUCUCAUCUGAGCCGCCGCGAACAGUUCAUAGUGACAGCAAUAGGAGUCUUUUGUUUCUCUCUCCUGUACGGCUAUCUGCAGGAGCUGAUUUCGGUUGAACUCUGUAAUCGCCAACUUGGUCUCUUUCUAGCCAUGGUACAGUUUACCGGGUACACAGUACUGGCAUUUUUCCUCCGUAACUUUGUCUACCACAAGCAAAGGUCCAUGUCAAGGGCUGUCCACAAAGAUAACGACGACUCUCUUGGCGCGACUGGUCCCCAAAAACAGGUGCCAUUUCGUCUUUACCUUGGACUGAGUUUGCUGCGCGCCGUUGACUUGGCUAUGACAAACAUGGCCAUGCAAUAUUUGAAUUAUCCGGCCAAGACACUCAUGAAAUCUUCCAGAAUUGUGUUUACCAUGUUCUUUGGUGUAGUAAUUCAGCGCAAGAAAUAUCAUCUUGGAGAUUACCUAAUUGUGCUGGCGAUGGUUGCUGGUCUGGCACUCUUCAUGCAUGCCGAUGCAAAUUCUGACGCCAUUUUUCACCACAUGGGAGUCAUCAUGCUGACGAUAUCUUUGAUUUGCGACGGGGCUAUUUCCAACAUGAGCGAAAGCAUUAUGAAGGAUUAUGGUGUUGGACAAGAUGAAUCUCUCAGCAACGCCUUUUUUCUUUUUACCCAGUUCAUUUUUCGGAUGUACUCGAUUGCCUUGAUCGCUAUUGCAGCUGCUGCCGCAUAUCGUGGCGAUCUGCAGGAAGGAAUACGCUGGAUGCACCAACCAGGAACUUACGCACAAAUCGACCACCAGGCGGAGGAGCGUACUUGGUCUAUUUUGGGCAAGAUCACUGUUAUGACAUUGUUCAGCUCAAUGGGGUUUUUUGGUUCAUCGUGUUCUGCUGCAAUCACGAAGAAUUUUGGAGCGUUAACAAUGUCGAUAACGAGUACUGCUCGCAAGGCAACAACUCUUUUCCUUUCCUUCGCGCUUUUCCACAACGUUUGUACAUCUGAGCAUUUGAUGGGUAUUAUAGUCUUCAUUUCCGCACUUACGACCAAAUCAUUACGGCGUGGACGCGUAAAGAAAAAACGAACGCGCAAGAUACUACAGCAGCCGUCUCAAGUUGACCUGGAGUCCCUAGAUACGCCCGAAGACUGGCCUUUAAAUCGUCGGUCUUACAGCAGCGAUGGCAUAGAAGUGCCCUCUAUGAAACUUGGUAUUAGAGAGAAUUUUGGAACCGCUGGUCGUGGGGCAAACAAUAGUACUCAUGUUGUAUAG